GUCCGCCCUCCCCCACAGCGGAGGGCGGGUCCGGCGGCGCGCGGACAGCCCGGCGCGAGGCCCCGCGGCUCCGGUCGGGACGUCGCUGCGGGCGGCUGUGCUGCUGGCGUCCAAGAUGUCGACCAAGAAUUUCCGAGUCAGUGACGGAGACUGGAUCUGCCCUGACAAGAAGUGUGGAAAUGUAAACUUCGCUAGGAGAACAAGCUGUAAUAGAUGUGGUCGAGAGAAAACAACUGAAGCCAAGAUGAUGAAAGCUGGGGGCACAGAAAUAGGAAAGACGCUGGCAGAGAAGAGCCGAGGCUUAUUUAGUGCAAAUGACUGGCAGUGCAAAACUUGCAGUAAUGUGAAUUGGGCCAGAAGAUCAGAGUGUAACAUGUGUAAUACUCCAAAGUAUGCUAAGUUAGAAGAAAGAACGGGAUAUGGAGGUGGUUUUAAUGAAAGAGAAAAUGUUGAAUAUAUAGAAAGAGAAGAAUCUGAUGGGGAGUAUGAUGAGUUUGGACGUAAAAAGAAAAAAUACAGGGGGAAGGCAGUUGGUCCCGCGUCUAUAUUAAAGGAAGUCGAAGAUAAAGAGUCAGAGGGAGAAGAAGAGGAUGAGGAUGAAGAUCUGUCUAAAUAUAAGCUGGAUGAGGACGAGGAUGAAGAUGAUGCUGAUCUCUCAAAAUAUAAUCUUGAUGCCAGUGAAGAAGAAGAUAGUAACAAAAAGAAAGCAAAUAGACGGAGUCGCUCAAAGUCUCGAUCAUCUCACUCGAGAUCUUCAUCACGCUCAUCCUCCCCCUCAAGUUCAAGGUCCAGGUCCAGGUCCCGUUCAAGAAGCUCUUCCAGCUCGCAGUCAAGGUCUCACUCCGGUUCCAGAGAACAUUCCAGAUCCCGUGGUUCGAAAUCAAGAUCCAGCUCCAGGUCCACAGGGGCUCUUCUUCCCCAAGAAAAAGAUCUUACUCGAGUUCUUCAUCAUCUCCUGAGAGAGACAGGAAGAGGAGUCACUCUAGACCUUCUUCACCCGCUGUUCGCAAAAAAAGACGAACGAGAUCACGGUCACCCGAAAGGCACCACAGGUCGUCUUCUGAUCAACCCAUUCUGGUUCCCGUUCAAGUUCAAAAAAGAAAUAAUGUAUUAAAAUUUACAUCUUUAAAAAACAUUGAAUACAGUGCAUGAAGCAUAUUUUUUAGGAAGUUGAUGUCUCAUUUGGUCAGAAGUGCUACAUCUGCUAGUAGAGGUGCAUGCCUUUAUUGCUUUUCAAAACAGUACAACUGUGUUUAUUUGUGAAAUUGAAAGUAAAUUGCAUUUUAAGCCAUACUGUUCCCCAGAUAAAUGUUCUAUUCAUUAUUUACAACCAUUUGCUUCAUUUAAAAACAGCUGUAGCAAAAUACUUUGUUUUCUUGUCCUUUUCAUUCCUAAAUGUCCUAUUGACCGAGACAGGGUUGCCUGGGCUUGCCUAGACUUCAGACACAUGGGCAAGGUUAAUAAACUUAUUGGAAUAACCAAUUCAUGUUCAUAUGGGAAAAGUAGUCAGUCAGGUUAUGUUGUUUACCUGUGCCAGUAAUUUCUUACCAGAAGUUAACUACAUCACAAAGCUGACAACCAUAAACUUUCAGUUCUCUCUGCUGAGGGUGCCUUAGAAUCAUUCUCUCUCCUAUCAGCUUUAUACUACUUUCAUUGCAAGAGGAUAUUAGCAAUUGCAGAAGGAGUAAGUUAUCCAUCUUAUUUCAGAAUGUCUAUCUGAAAUAAAAGUUUAAGAAAUAUGGAUAUCCUUUAAAUCUAGUUACAAGAUAUUGUACUUGCUUGAUAAAGGUUUACAAAAAAGGGUAAAUCAUAGUUAAUGAGCAAAUUGAAGAAAGCUAUUGAAGCCUAUUUCUUGGUGACAGGCUGACAGAGACGUGAAUUUAAGUGAACAUUUGCCUUGAGAUGUCUGGUUUUUCAACACUGUAGAUAUCCAAAUAACAGAAGAAUUCUUAUUUCUGCAUGAUUUAAGCAAAAUCAUUUUUUUUUUCCUCACCUGAAAAAACAUAUGGCUUAAAAUGCUUUCAGAGCUUUAUUUCUAAAAUUAAAAUCUGGUCACUUGAGAUCCAUUUUGUUCUCUGGUUUAAAAGUUAAAAGGUUUCUUCUAACAGUCUCUCCAGCAGCAAAGCAAGGUAAGUAUACAAGGGGCCGGCAGUUGUGCUGGGCCUCCUUGUUACAGGAAGUGUUUUCCUGUUUAUCCCUCUAGUAUUUGUCUGCUCCAGUUUAAAUAAGUAAAGCAUUCUAAGAUGUUUAGUAAGCAGAUCAAACAAAGUGUUUUUAUUUUAAAGUGAGUGUUUUUCACUUCAGCUGAUCUAAAGAUGAAAACAAGAUAUCGUAUGUAGAAAUAUUUUCGUAAUAUUUUUACAAGCUUUCCUGUGUUUUUUGUCUUAUUUUCCUUGCUGCAUUUACUGUAGGUUGCACACGAACUCUUACUCUCUUGUAAUUGUGCCUCAGACUUCUCAAAAGUCGACUUUCUGAGUUGCCCAGAUCUUCUAGAUCCAACGUGUUAGCCUUGGUUUGUUCUUGUGCUUUCUGUAUUUAAAACUUGGGCUGUACUAGGCAAAUACAAGAUUAUAAAUUUAGCUAAUAGGAGUUUACAAACAGUUCAGAUGAUUAUGAUUUGAUUUGGUUUAAUUGAGCUGUACUCUAGUUCAUUUCAUCAGGAAAUGAUACUGUAGACAAAUGUAAAUAAAAUCUGUGAGUCAAGCAUCGAGUGUUGAUUAUUAGAAAUAAACUAGAAAAUUUUAA